AUGAGAAGUUAUGUAGAUGAUACCGAUGAGCUGUGCAUAAUUUCUGAUAGGCAUUCAAGUAUUCGAAAGAUGGUUUCAAUUGUGUAUCCAUCAGCUCAUUAUGGUUGUUGCAUGAGGCACCUUGGAGAAAAUAUUCGAAAUAAUUUUCACAAUGCAAAGGUUGUAUCUCAUUUUUAUAAUGCAUCGAAAGCGUACAAUAAAGUUGAGUUCUAUGACCAUUUCAAUCAGAUUAGGGAUAUGGUAUCCAAGGCAGUCGAACAUCUCGAAUCAGUUGGAUUUCAUAGAUGGAGCAGGGCAUUUUGCCCGGGAAAUAGGUAUAAUAUUAUGACCUCAAACAUUGCUAAAUCCGUGAAUGCAAUGUUUGAAGUUGAAAGAGAAUUUCCUAUUAUCGCUUUAUUUGACGAAAUAAAUAUGAGAUUUGCAAAAUUAUUUCAUGAAAGGCGUAUGGAGUUGGUCAACUCACCAAACAUACUUGUUCCUUCAAUGGAAAAACAAAUAUCAAAGAAUAUCAAUUUGGGAAAUAAGUUAUUGGCCCAUCAAAUAGCCAAUUACAAGUUUAGUAUCAACGGUCAUGGUGAUGUUGCCACGGUUGAUCUUCAAAGAAGAAUGUGCACAUGUAGAGUUUUUGACUUGGUCAAAAUACCUUGUCCACAUGCUAUGGCAGCGCUUCGAUCCCAAUAUGGUGCACAUUUUGGAAAUCAGAUCUAUGAGUACUCGUCUUCAUAUUAUUCGGUGGAAAAAUACAUAAUUACAUAUUGUGAGGAAAUUAAUCCUGUGCCUCCUGAAGAUUCUUGGAUUGUUUCUUUGGAGAUAUUAGAGAGAGAAAUACCUCCUCCAUAUGUUGACCCAAGCAAACCGGGAAGAAGGCGAUCGAAGAGGAGGCGUGGAAUGACCCAUCCAAUGGAAAUAAACAAGCAUAUAUGCUCAUCUGUUGCAAUGGAUGAUUCAUCUGUUGCAAUAUAUGAGCAUCAGUUGCAACAGAUGAGCAUAUAUGUUUGA